GUGUGAGCAGCCCGGAGCGGCCGGCGGCGGACUCGGAGUGCGGGCGGCCCGGACCGGAGAGGGAGGCGGACUCGGAGGACGGGAGGAGAGAACUCGGGCUCUAGGCCGCACAGCCUCGGGCUCGGCAAAUCCAUUUAUUCUUGUUUAAGUGGAAGUGAGAGCCAGCAAUGCCGACUGUGGUCUUAUUGGAUGUUUCUCUCUCCAUGACGCGCCCUGUCUCUCUGGAGGGUACAGAGGAAUACCAGCGCAAGCAUCUGGCUGCCCAUGGGCUCAGCAUGCUGUUUGAACACAUGGCAACCAAUUACAAACUGGAGUUUACAUGUCUUGUGGCUUUCUCCUCACUCUGGGAACUCAUGGUUCCCUUCACCAGGGACUACAACACUCUGCAGGAGGCAUUGAGUACUGUGGAUGAUUAUGAUAAGACUUGUCUGGAAUCUGCACUUACUGGGAUCAGCAACAUUGUACAGGAUGAGUGGGGUGUCUGCAUCCCCUGUCAGGUGAUCCUUGUAACGGAUGGGAGUCUGGGAAUAGGCCGCGGAUCACUCCGACAUUCCCUCUCUGUCCUCAGUCAGCGCUCCGAGGACAGCAAGUUCCCACUUCCCUUCCCUUUUCCUUCAAAGUUGUACGUCAUGUGCAUCGCUAACUUGGAAGAGCUGCAGACCACGGACACGCUGGACAUUCUGGAACGUCUGAUAGAUUUAAACAACGGUGAAGGGCAGAUCUUCACUAUCGAUGGUCCACUCUGUCUGAAGAAUGUACAGUCCAUGUUUGGCAAACUGAUCGAUCAAGCCUACUCUCCUUUCCAUGCUGUGCUGAAAUGUGGGCACCUGGUGUCUGACAUGCAGAUGUUUCCGAGACCAGAACCUGUUAUCAUUGACGAAGAACUGGAGCCUGUCCCAAAAACUAUCAACACAGAGCUGGAUAUAGUGGGAUUUAUAAAGAUUGCUGAUAUUGCCAGCCCACCUGUCCUUUCUCGUCACUUGGUUUUACCCAUAGCUCUGAAUAAAGAAGGUGAUGACUUGGGGAGUGGGCUACCUGAAGAAACUGAAGAUGAGACCUCUGCUUCUCAGAUUGCUGGAAAGAUGCCAUCGUUUUGUGUCUUGCUGCACGGCAGCCUCAAAGUAGAAGGGAUGGUGGCUAUAGUGCUACUCGGACCAGACUGGUACGGGAUGUUGUACUCACAGGCUGACAGCAAAAAGAAAUCCAAUCUGAUGAUGUCCUUGUUUGAGCCCGGUCCAGAGCCUCUUCCAUGGCUUGGAAAGAUGUCACAGUUAGGGCCCAUUUUGGAUGCAGAGGAAAAUCCCUAUGGUGACGAUGACAGCAAAAGCCCCUUUCCCCUACAGCCUAGGACAAAGCGCAGUUACGCUCAGAAUGUGACAGUGUGGAUUAAGCCCAGUGGACUGCAGACUGAUGUUCAGAAGAUCUUAAGAAAUGCUCGGAAACUUCCAGAAAAAACACAGACAUUCUACAAGGAACUGAAUCGGCUGAGAAAGGCGGCCCUCGCAUUUGGAUUUCUGGACCUACUGAAAGGUGUGGCCGAUAUGCUAGACCGUGAAUGCACGCUCCUCCCAGACACAGCCCAUCCUGAUGCUGCAUUUCAACUGUCCCAUGCUGCCCAGCAACUAAAGUUGGCCAGUACUGGGAACUCAGAGUAUGCAGCAUAUGAGCACAACAUUGCCCCUCUGCAGACAGACUUCUCCAGCAGUAGUGCUGACAGAAUAUGAUUAAAACAGAGACUAUAUUUGGUUCACUUUUGAGGACCUUACUUUUUAAAAGCAAUGUUCUGCUGGAAGUGCCGUGCACAAGGAUAUAGCAAGGAACAUCAGGCUGUUUUUAAAAAAAAAAUAAUCUGCUACAAAAUCUGCCUGCACCAAAAGAAAAUCUUUUUUUACAAAAUCUAUUUUUUAAUAAGCUUUGGAUUUUUGGUUACUGUUAAUGAGGAUUAAAAUCUCCAUAAUUUCUUUGCCUUUUCACCAGACAGCCUCUAUGAAAGGAUAUGUGGAACUGUACAAUCUGGUACUUUCUCAACUAAUCCUUCUACAUUUAGUGCAGACCAGCCAGAAUGAAACAAUUCACUCGCCUUGUCGCGUGACUGGGUCUUGUAUCUGUAGAGGAGCCAGUGUUUGGGUGCAGGUGUAACUCUGACCUUUCAUAUUUGAUUUUGUGGAUGGAACUAGCACUGUUUAGCACCCUGGCUAUGGUUUGUUAUUACAGCUAUUCUCAGCAAACCUUAGACAGAAUAAAAAAGAAAGAUAUGAAAGUCAUGCAGGAGUGAUGCCUCAAACCCCUAAUGUAAUUCACUAAGCAUCUGGUUUGAGUGUUGACCUACUUGUCCAAGCUGUGUCACAAUCUAACAAUUAUUUUCAGUUAUGUGUGGACUUUUAUGAAUGUUACAGUGUUCAUUACAGAUCUUGAACGCAUCUUCUCAUUUGUGUCAAUGAGAGUGAGAGUGAAAAAAUAAAAGUCUCAAGUCUCAACAUA